UGUUGAAGUAGAGCGACCAUACAUUUGUUUUGCUUACAUAGGCAUUUCCGUUCAUUUCAUAAGGGAUGUUAUUAAGAGGAAAGCAACGGUGUCACCACAAAUAGAACAUGUUUACAGUUCAUCCUCACCUUUUCUACACUCCGUAUCCUAUUACACACACACACACACACACACACACAUUGAUCCAUCGCUGCCUUGUUUGUUCACACUGCUGCUGGAAGUUCAUCCCAGCCAGCCUGCUUGCUGCGACUGACGCAUAGGGACAGCUUCGCUCCUCCUCUUCGUCGAGUGGUCUCCAUGGAAACACACGGAGGAGAGAGCAGCUUAGCAACACCGCCAGCGAGUGAACAUCUCUGGUGCAGACAGUUGGGUACCAUACACAACAUCCCUGAAAGAUUAUUCUGUAAGUGUCAGUUUUUUAUAAAGUCAGUUUUUGUAUUUGCGUACGUUCAUGUAGCCAUUGCGCUCCAUCUCCACAGCAUCAUGAAGUUCAUGGUGGUUCUGGUUGGUGCCGGCUCCCUGGCCUUCCUCGGUGCCGUCAUCUGCAUCUUCGCCAGCGUUUACCCCCGCAAACGCGCCGCUUCUCUCGGCGACAACGGCACCCUGACAUCGGAGACGCUCCUCCAGCCACUGGAGCCCAGCUCGGUCGCCCACGCGGGACCGCUCGGUGCUUUACACGGCGCCGACUCCUACGAUGGAGAGAAUGGGCUCGGCGGUAUAGGCUUGGGGGUACCCAGUCUGAACGAGCUCAACCUCGGUGAGGAGACCGGCAGAGGCUCGGGGAAGACGUUCAGCUACAGCCGCUUGAUCUGCACACCAGUUCCUCUCGGUGAUUGUAAGGGUAAAGAUGAGCGGCAGCAGCCGCUGGCAGACGACCCUCUUGCGGAUGACGACUGGACGUUUCUCCGCACCACGGCGGAGGAGCUCCGGCAGAUGGUCAUGCAGCAGAACGAUCAGAUUCUCAUGGACCAGAGGACCAUCCGGGAGCUCACAGGGAAGUUGAGCGAGUGCGAGAGCGGCUUGGAGGAUGAGAGGCCCGGCCCUGAGCGGAGCAUCGGGAUAUGGAGCGGCAACCGGAGGGUCAUGGCCGGGGAUGAUGUGAGCUCCUCGUCGGCCUCUCAGCUCCUGACGGCCCGCGCUGUGGAGGAGCUGGCCCGGGCCAUCAUGGACCUGAAAGACCGCAUUGAAAAGCUGGAGGCAGAGAUAGGCCCAGCUGCCUUGAAUCUCACUGACACAUCUACAGCAGCGAGCAGCAGCCAGGCAGCAGCCAAGCCUCCCACUCCACCCACUGGAGGCGUCUCCCCCGCACCCGCAGCAGCAGCACCAGGCUCCGGGGCUCGUCGACCUGCCUCCAAGCCCUCCACCAAGGGGUCACCUGGCCGCAGCAGGGGCCCCUGGAGAGUGGAGGACCUUGAGGGUGAGCUGGAGAGGAAGAUAAAGAUGUUAGAGAAGGAGCGGCAGGCUAUGAGGAAGGAGACGCAGGGCGAGUACGAGAAGAUCAACCAGGGCAUCGACACAGCCAACCACCGUGUCACCGAGCUGGAGCACACGCUCACGGAGCCAUCCUUCCCAGACGGCUUUGUCCUGUCCUUCCCAAUGCGGACCAACUACAUGUAUGGGUUGGUGAGGAAGGAGAUCACAGAGAUGUACGCCUUCACCGCCUGUGUGUGGCUGAAGGCUAAAGAAGGGGGCAUAGGAACCCCCUUCUCUUACUCUGUGCCCGGGCAGCCCAAUGAGCUGGUGCUGCUGCAGGGGGUCCACAACCCUGUGGAGCUGCUGAUCAACGACAAGGUAGCACAGUUACCCCUGUCUCUGCCUCAAGACGAGUGGCAGCACAUCUGUGUCAGUUGGACUCUGAGGGACGGCGUGUGGAAGGCCUACCAGGGUGGCAAGAUGAAGGGGAGGGGUGAAGGCCUGGCUGCCUGGCACCCUAUCAAGCCAGGGGGAGUACUCAUCCUGGGCCAGGAGCAGGACACCCUGGGCGGACGUUUUGAUGCCUCCCAAGCCCUGGUGGGGGAGCUCUCCCAGUUCAACCUGUGGGAUCGUGUGUUGAAGCCCGCCGAAGUCGCCGCCCUGGCCGAGUGCAGCUCCUCCGUACUCGGCAACAUUGCUCCCUGGACCGACCUGGACGUCGACGUCUACGGCGGUGCCACCAAGGAGUCUUUAGAUCCGUGCCACGCCGCUCAGAGAUCCAAUCCCUCUGGCCCUAAACAGUGAGACAGUGGUCACGUUUAAGUCAUGCAACAAGGAAGGUUGCUUGUUUGGGUUUAGCACGCUAACAGGAUGGAGCUAAUUGGAUCUUUCGAGUUUUUUGUGUCGAUGUCAGUGUAUUUAGUUCUGCAGUAAGAAUGAGGUUAGGUGAGGUUAGUUAGUGGAAGCAACAAAACAUGCCAAAAGUCAACCUCGUUGAUUGCUUUAAAAGUGCCGAGUGAGCCAACUGUACCCGACUAGUCGGGUCUUAGCAGGUCUAGCUAGGAAAUAGCUAAGGAAGAGUUUCUUAAUUUGCUGUUGCUUGUGCUGAAACUGAGAUGGUGUUCUUUGAAAAGACAACAUUUUCAACUUUGCGUAUGUGUAGCUUUUAUAUGGUAAAAGUUCCUCCUUUUGUUCGCUAUAACACAGUAAACGUGUAUUAUUGUGUCAUGUAGCCUUGCUAACACAAUCUGUAGCCCUGCAGAAGCGCCACUUACAGUAAUAACCAGUCUCGAAAUAAACACUUCAUGUCAAACUGUACACCUAAACAAAAAACAGCUCCAUAAAAUGAAACUGUAUAAAACUAGAAUGUUUGUCUUUGCAUGUAAAGUAUAUUUUCAGCGUUAGUGUGCUCUUUGUGCCCCCACUUGCCAAAUUUAGUGCAAUGUACGUCUAACAUAUGAUGACCAACGAGGACUUUAGUAUUCAUAUAUUUAUUCAGAGAUACAACCCAGUCACAAUUAACUGUAAAUCCAAACAAAUAAUAUGUUGAAAUUGCGAUGAUUCUGUUGCAUGGUGAAUUUCUCUUUUCUAUUUCUAUCUAAUAAACAACCCAUGUGGCCAAAGAAAGCUAAAAUCUAGGUUCAUCCCCUUUUGGAAAGGUUAGAGCCUGUAAUUCAUUAGCAUUUUGUGCUAAAGUUGUCACGUUAUUUUUGUCUGAGAAUUGCAGUUAAGCCAUAGGUGCUACAGCUAAAUUAGCAGCAUUAGCACCAAGGCACCUUAUCACAUUGAAACUCAUCUUCAUUUUGCUUGUAAAACUUUAAAAUCUUUAUAUUUCACUCAGUAUUUUAGCCCACUAGCACUGCUAGUUUAUUCAUAGCUAGCUAGCCGUUGUUGUUUCCAACAAGACAGCAGCCAUUUAGUUUUUUCCGUGAUGGACUUAUUUGAAUUAUGAGAACCAACAUCUAAAGAAGCUAAAGAAGUGGCAAUGUACAAGUGGUGAUUGACUUAAUUCCCAGAACACUGCGCAGUCAAGUGUACUUUGCUCCAAAGGGGAAGUCACGCUAUCACGAGAAUUAGGUCAAAAUAUUACACCAACAAAUACAAUAAAAAAAGUUGAAUAAUGUCAAAUACUAACAACUCAUAGUAUUGCACUUUUUCUCACAUAAUAUUACAAGUUAUUUUGCUUAGUUGUUGUAACGUUACAACUAUUUUCAUGAAUUUUAUGAUUUUUUUUUUAAAUAUGCGACUAAAAAGUAAUUUAGCAUUCAUUCCAUCCAUCCAUUCGUUUUCAAUGCCGCUUAUCCUAAUUAGGGUCGCUGGGGUAUGCUGGAGCCUAUCCCAGCUGACUUUGGGCAAGAGGCAUGGUACACCCUGGACUGGUUUGCCAGCCAAUCGCAGGUAAUUUAGCAUUUUUUCUCAUAAUAAUCCAAAUUUAAUAUAAAAACAUACACCUGUAUUCAUAUAUGACAUAUUUUUUCUUGGAAUAUUUUGGCUGUUUGCCGGGAAAAGCUAGAACUUUAUAUUUUUCCUCGUAAUAUUACAAGUUGAUUGCUCUUGUAACGUUGCAACUUUUUUCCCUUAAUUUUAUGAUUUUUAUGACUAUGUUAAUACAUUUUUCUAACAGUAAUUGAACAUUUUUUUCUUGUAAUAUUGCAAUUUUAAAAUACUUUACCAUACGCUUUUUAUUCAACAAAUCUGAUUUUGUCAUAAAUUACAACAUUUUUCAUGUAAUAUUUCAACUUGAAUUCUUGUAACACUACGGCUUUCCUCUUGUGACUUUUCAACUCUCAGCUUUUACAAUGUUUUUUUUUUCCCUUUUCCAUUCAGUGUGUCCUGUAAUACUCGUUGGUUCCUUUUUGUUUUUUAAAGUGCCUGUUUGGGCCUCAAACGCCCACAUUGGUCAUCUAAAAUAUUUGUAUUGUUUUCUUCUAUUUCUCCUACUUGAGUUUGUUUCAAGUGUUCUUUUUUUGCACCUUUAAUGCAUUUGAUAUUGUGAACUAGGUGGAUGAAACUUAAUAAAACUGCAUAAUGAUGACAA